AACAAUUUUCAAUUUCUCUGUCAUUUUUCUUUCUUUCUCUCUACCUCAGCUUGCCAUAGAGACAUGGCAGGAAUCACAGCCCCGUUAAGGGUCCACAAAUCACUAGUGUCGACAUGCCCAAGAAAGGGAACCGAAAACGGCUGAAAUUUAAGGCCGGAGACGUUUGUUCGGAAUCAGUGACUGUUGCUGAUUAUGCUGAUGCCGAUCCAGCCGUCGUGAAGUCGGGGAGGUUGAAAAAAGCUGUUGCAAAUGCAGUUGAAAAAGAAGUAAAAUUACUAUGUGGCCUGGAAGCAUCUCAGGGUGCUGUUGAAGAGGUCUUGUCGUCUGCAGUGAGUGUCGGAGCAGACGCUUUAGACAGCAGUGACGACCUAGACCCAGAAAAAGAUGAAGAAAAUGAAACUAAGGUGGCUCACAAGAAGAAAAACAAGAGACGAAAGGCCAGCAGUGAGAGCAGUGAUGGGGGCGAGUAUCCAGUAGACAUCUGGUUAGUGCUCUCCUCCUAUAUCCGGCCUGAGGAUGUAUGCAGGUUUGCGCUAAUCUGUAGGAGUGCCUGGACGGUCACCUGCACUGCAGUUUUUUGGACCAGACUUUACAGAAGGCAUUACAAGAUUGAUGUUGAUCUGCCAGUUCGUCUACUGCCUGAGUGUAUUGACAGGAUGCGCUCUCUAAGGGCCCGUGUGAUUCGCUCCCUUUUCCAUUUGUAUGAGCCGUUCAGCUUGCGUAUCUCCAAAAUUCCUGCCCUGCCAGAAUCUACACCCACAACCCUGCUCAACUCCAAGUGUUUAUUGUUCUGGGUCAAAAAGGUGUCGGGCACUCGACCAGAGGCAAUGUGGGAGUUCAACUUUAAGUUUAUACAGCAGCAGGGAUGCAGUAAAAAUGGUAGUGUCAAUUCCUUGCUCAUGCCCAGUCAAUACAAAGAUGUCCACACAAACCCGGACUCUGGUUGCUACGUGCUGCAAGUCACCACACUCAACUUCAUCUUCACCCCUGUGGUUAUGGGCAUGACGCUCACCCUGUUUACAAUCAACGUCAGCACAGACAUGCGCCACCACCGCGUUCGUCUGGUCUUCCAGGACUCACCGAUCCAGCGGGGAAAGAAGAGAGGGGAUCAGGCUGGGAUUCAGGUGGUGUUGGAUCCCGUACACAGUUUGAAGCUCAUGGACUGGUGGCAUCCACAGUAUCCAUUCUCACAUUAAACAUAAGAGUCUUGUCCCAAUGGAUGUUAUUACAUCACGGAUGUUACAACCCAUAACGUCAAACCAAGAAACCUGCCGUUAUUUCAUCCAACUGGUUCAACACAAAUAUGAUAUUGGAUGACUGCAGAAUCCUCGAUUACAUUCACUGACUGUUUCUGCACAUUCACAUUUGUGAACAAUCAUCUGUGGUGCUUAAAAUAGUUAAAGAUGGGCAACUAAAACAUUUGUUGAAUUUGGGGAUUCAUUGUUGGAUAAUGCAGAAAGCCAAUAUUGACUAUAAGAUGGGGCACAAACCCAAUUUUCAGUGUCCAAAUCAGUCAUAAUGCAUGCCCAUCCCCAACCCUGACCUCCUGCCGUGUUAUUAAAACAUCAAAGUUCUACCUGUAUUGGCACUGGAUGUAAAUUACGUACGGCAUAAUCGUCCAAUAUGAACAUUAUUUUUAUGACUGGUCAUUAAUACAAAUCUGUGUCCACAUUGUCCCUCACAGCCUCUAGAGAGACCUCGGGCCAGAUGCAUAAAAUUCAAUCUCUGUAUGUACAAAGACAGAAAUAUGCAUACACAUAAUUUUCAUCCAAUUUCAUAAAGUCAUGUGAGUGCAUGGCUCUGUUUCAUAAGGCUCAGUCAUUGUGGGAGCGAAAAUGAGGCUUGUGCAUAUGCGACUACUUCCUCAGUUAGCCAUAAAUGGAUGGGGACUCGCGUAGCUUAGUUUUGCAUAGAAGUAAUAUGGUCUGAUUCACCACUUAUUAGACCUGUUAAUAAAAAGGCUGGGGAAAGAAGGAAGUGCAAUUUGACAGAUUAUAUUGCAACAUUGCCAGAACAGCUCUCAUUAGGAAAGCAUGUUAUGCAUGCCUAUGGCUAUUUAUAUUGCCUGUAUCAUUAAUUCCUUGCAUUCAUUGAACUACAUAAAGAAAAAUCCACGAGAUGAUCAGUGAUUGAACCGACUUUGCAAAGGUCAUUAAAGCAGGGAAACUUUGGCUCAAAUGUAAAUUAGAAAUAAUGAAAUUAGUUAAAAUCAAGUUAAUGCACCCUUAUUUACAUUUACAGAUCGGAACAGACUGAAAAAAGAAUUAGUGUGAAUUUGGCCUUACAUAUUUUAGAGAAGUGCAUAUGCCUGGUCUGAAGUAUUUAUAAGGUGCUUACAAAUACACCGCACAUUGUCCUUACAUUAAUAUAUGUGGGAAAUGACACACGCAUGGCUUUUGUAUGUCCACAUCAUUUAUACAUGUGGCCCCUGGACUCUCUGCCCUUUCAGCACUCGUCAUCUUUAGUGGUUUCUUACUGAAAACAUGGAGAGGGCUGGGUAAUACGGAAAACAAAAGUCAUAAGAAAAUCAUUAUCUGAAGCACACAUGAAAUUGUGUAGUAAAUGUAUUGUACACUGGACUCCAUUAAUAGUGGUUUCAGAUGACAUUUCCAAGCAUUGCAUAAAUCCUUCAGGGCGAUAUCUGAUUUAAAUAUUGUUUUGGAUUUAAUUUAAAUCAAAUUUUCACGCAGUGAUUUAGUAACAUGCAUAAUAUUUCACAAUAUAUAAAAUACUGUGCUGUUAUUAGUGAUACAUAUUUAUAUAUUGCCCUGCCCUACACAUGGCAAAGAGAAGUGUGUACAUUUUGAGCUACCAGUUGCAUAAAAAGAUUUAAAAGUUUGUCAUUCCUCCUCUACAGACAAAACUUGUAUGUUGAACCUACACAUGUGACACAUUACCUAGAAGAGUUUUUGAAACUUGUGGACUAACGGGGUUGAACAUCUGUACUGUCAUCCCCUGGUUGUUUUAUGCUCACUUGAAAAAUUUCACAAAUAAUUUUUAUUUGCUUUGGUUUGAAGUUUGACAAUGUUGCAUCAACAGAGUUGUAUUAUCUUUUUAAAACCAUGUUUUGUUUUUCUUCAAUUGCAUUUAAUUGAGGCAAAACUCAGUAUUAGUGUGAUAUUAUGUGAAUUCAAUUAUGUGAAUAUUAAUGACACUGCUCUACAUUGAAGGGGCCAAAGAGAUGAUUUACCUCAGAUGUCAUCCACUCAUCUGCUGAUUUGGGCAGUGUUUCUUUUCUUUCAAGUGAUUCUUGGCUAAAAACAUCUUGAUUGUCUCUUUGUUUAUUAUGUUGGCCAUGUCCCCUACUGCCACCUGUAAAAACUCAGUGGUCUGUCUUUUGCAUAUUGAAUGUGUGUAGAAUCAUACCAAUCUCAUACUUGAUCAUGAAGCGCUGUGGAGGGAGAGAGGUACCAUCGACAUUGAUUUCCAUGUGUUUAUUAGACAUAAUCAGAAUCAUUUAACCUGGAUUUGCUUGCAAAUAUAGAUAUCAUGUGACAUUUCUGUUCAUUUGAUUAACCACACACAUUUGAUUAACCACACACAGUGUAGACUUGUAGAAACAAAAAGCUAGUUGAUGGCCGUACCCCAUAGCAGAAGACAGUUGAAUGUUUUGAUUAGCAGCAGUGGAUUUUUUUUUAAAGUGGGUGGUCAUUUUUGUCUGAUAAGAAAUUACUGCACUGAAAUAAAAACAGAAACUG